CUCGUUUCUUUCAUGUCUUCAAUACUUCAAUUCUUCUAGAACCCAACCUGGAUCAAGUGUCUGAGACAUUUCCCGUUCUUCGGUCAUCAUAAGCUUCGAAUUCCCGUGUCAUUAUGAAGAGAUCGUGCUCGAAUACCAUUCCCUCGUCUUCAAAGCGCCAUUAGGCAGCCACAUGCGGAAAUCUCCAGUCGAGUUCGGAUCCUCCCAUGAGAUUCUCGAAGCUCGUAUUUUUUACCCAUCCCCUUGAAACAAAGACUCGACGAAUUGGAACUUUCACAAGCGUGUAUUGGCCGUCACGGUGUUCAGGACUGCUGCAAGAUAAUGAGGUGGUGACCCGGACUCAAACUCGCUCAACUUGUCAACUCCUCAACUCCUCAACUCCUCAAGUCCCCAAACCCCAUCGCAGAGCAGCACACAAUGGCAACUGCAAGACAGCAGAAAUGGGACUGGGCCCCGCACCUGACCAAGAUGAUGGAGCUCUACAACUCUCAACUAUCAAUACCGGACAUCCACAAGGCGUUGCAGUGCGAAGGCUUCGAGCCAUGUCAAAGAUCCGUGUACCUGAAGUUCAAGUCGAUGGGAUACCCAACAGACCCCGUGGGACGCACAAGACUCCUCGAAGCAAAGCUCCCUUCAAACGCGCCAACCGGCAACGAACAAUUCAAUGUAUGGUCGAAUCAAUUAUCACCGAAUUUCUAUAUGGACGAACAAUUGCAGUCUGCGCUGUGCUCUCUGCCGGAGGAUCAAGCUCUAGGGAAUCCAACACACAGUUGGGAAUCUGGAUAUCCCAUGAGCAGCCCAACCUCUGCACCGAUGAUGGAAUUCCCAUCCCUCAGCAGCGGAGGACAUUCUAAUGGGGAGCAAUCUAAUAUGGCAAGCCCGGGGGUCAAUCAGUCUGCCGGAGGUCCAGCUCGCGCACCGACUUUGAGCCCCGAGACCGAUAUGCUAUCAUCGUUUUGGUCUCCUGGUGAAGGCUCCACCACCAACCUGGACGAAGCCAUGAGCAUCUUUGAGCAACCGGAUCUGCUUCAAGAUUUCACAAUGGAACUCAGCGGGGGCGCGUAUUUCGGAAUAGAUACUGAUUCUUACGACCAAGACAGCAUCCCAGCAGGAGACUGUCAAGGCAACAAAGGUUCUGAUCCUUGGACAUCCCAGAACAGUGCAGUCUGGAUGCCAUCCCUCUCAGUCAUAAAGGACCAAACUGAAGGAUCAUCCUUGUAUGAUGAAGCCAUCGAAUCGUUCCAACGGAAGAGCGAACCAAACAAUGUCAGAAAUCCACUUCAACGCCUCGGCAGUUCGGGCAGCAAUUCAGGGGCACGCAACAGACUUCGAUCUUUGUUCAAGCCAAAGUCUGCCGCCUCCUCCAUUUCCUCGUGCGGCAAGAAAAGAUACGCCCCUUCUCAAUUUACAUAUAAUACGGACGACUCUGGAUACGCUACUGGUCAUACUUCAAGCUUGACACUCGAUCAAGUCCGACAAAUGAACAUACAGUCACUGAAAGAGUUCAACGGCCUAUAUCGUGUGGCUUGCCAUACCCUCCAUGAACCGCAAAGCAAGAACCAAUGCAAGGAUAUUCCAACCUGCACAUAUUGCCGCUACUCCUCUAUUCACAACUUAGCAUGGUCGGCACGUUAUCUCAAACUAGAAGUAUUCCUUAGUGAACUGAAAUUGGAGGGUGUCUACGACUUCUGUGCCCUCGACGCGGCAGGCAACAGCGCACUGCAUUAUGCAGCUGCAGGUGGGGCCGGGUACCAGCAUCUCAAGGCCCUGGUUGACGUCGGUGUGGACCCAUACAUUGCCAACACAGCGGGUGAACUCUUCAUCUACUGUUUGCGGCCAAUUGAACCUUUUACACUCGAACCGAACUCCGAUUGUCUCAAGAGCGAUGAUUUGAUCAAGCUCUUGAAGCUUCUUCACCAUGAUAGAGUCUUUGACUGGAGGGACAAUGACGGUCAGACGAUCAUGCAUGCUCUUGCAUUGAAAAUCACGGAACCAGAGCUCAAGGCUAAGAUCUUCAAAAUGCUGGUCGAUGCCGGAUACUCCUCAACAGUACCCGACCGAUUCGGCCGGACUCCAGAAGACAUCAUCCCCCUCACCUACGACUGCCACGGGCAAGUAAUCGACCAAGCACCAAUGAAACCUUGGCAACGGCACAGCACGCUCCCAGAGGAAGACUCCGCCGCAGAUGAAAGCCUCACAACCAAAGAAUGGCGCCUAGAGCGUGUCAAGCAAAUCAAAGCCCAAGACAUCGUGCUGGAAGCACGUUACCGCCCCUCCUACAUCGACCCCGAAACAGGUGAUAACGCCGUACAUGCCCUCUCCCGCCUGGAAUCCACCAAUGAUGUCCUCUUAAGACUGGAGCACUUCACCCUCAAAGAUGACAAACUGAACCUGCACAACCGCGAAGGAAACUACAUCCUCCUAAACCUCGAGUACUUCAUAGCCCGCGGCAUCGACCUCAACCUCCUGAAUCUCGAAGGCUCACACCCACUCCGCUCAUUUAUUCGUGAGAGACCAGGGAAGGGAAAGGAGACCGGCGCGACGAUGAGCAAGUACCUGGAUACGAUCCUUGGGAAAGAUCUCGAGGAGAGAUUGAGGAAUAAAGUGAAGGUGAACAUGAAGGAUCGCGAGGGGGCAACGGCGCUGCACAGUGCUGCAAUUCUGGGACGGCCGGACUCGGUUCGGAGUUUGAUUGAGGCGGGGGCUAAUGUCAAUGCGAGAUCUGAUAAUGAAUUAAGCGUCCUGCAAGCUACGCAUCAUGCGCUUGAUGAGGCGGUUAAGCACAAUGACCAUGUGUUGGUUUAUCUAGUUAAAGAGGUCAUCUCACACCUUGAGCAUGCGGGCGCGGUGCUGGAUCCGAGUUCCCUUCUGGAGAGGGGUGUUAAGAGGCAAUAAUUGGCCCAGUCGACCAGAAAUCAAGAAACGUGGAAGGCUGUUCAUCAUAUAUGUUGCGUCUGCUGUAUAAAGGAGUUCAUGGAUAUUUUGGGUUUGUGUUAGGGUGUUUUCACGGUGAGGAAGUGAAUAUUGAAGCGUUGUGCGGAUACCCCUUCGUAAGUUUACCGUUGGCUAGCAUGAUAUAUCAAGCGUGGUCAAUUCACGGGGCGUCAUUUCGGAAGUGCCAUUCAUGUGUAUGGGCUAGGUACUCUUGGGUUAGGGAUAUAAGUCAAAAUCUAUAAUCUCUGAUAUCCUGGAACUUAUACUCCUCCUGACCAAGCCCCGUGGACUUUAUUAGAUCCAAUUGAAGUUUGUAUUUCUAAAAGAGGAAGGUUUAGGGUAAAAUCUUAUCAAAAUCUUCUUUCUCUUUAUUAUUCAAGAAGCC